AUGUCCCAGUUCUCGGCGUCGAACAAAGAACUGAGGACUUCUGAUUCUACAACACCAUCGCCCCCUGCCGACGCGCAGAAAGUUCAACCACACCAGAGACCCGACAGUGCUUUCCACUCCACACCGCAACAUCCCGCUGCUAACGACGUCUUCCCCGCCACGCCGGUCCCCUCGUCACCCGUACGCGCCGAGCAUGACCAUUCGACCCCUCCGCUGAGCGAUUCACCGUCGGCGAGUCCUGCCGGAAGAAAACGAAGUAGUUCACGCCCCGUGUCCAUGAUACAGACCUACCAACCGCACAUGAUGGACAUCAACCAAGAUACUAUCCCAGAGCUUCAGCCCAUCUUCACAUUCCUGAACAGCCACCAGAACAAGCUGUACCAGGAGGGGUAUUUCCUGAAGCUUGACGACCAGGACUCAAGAGGAAGACCAAACCCAGACAGAACAUGGACCGAGUGUUUUGCGCAGCUAGUCGGUACCAUCCUCUCGCUGUGGGAUGCUGCAGAGCUGGAUGCUGCCGGGGACGAUGGAGAGGUGUUGCCGAAAUUCAUUAACCUGACCGACGCCUCGAUCAAGAUGAUCGAAUCGUUGCCGACGAAAUCGAACGAUGAGCAGCCACUGCAAAACAUUCUAAGCAUUAGCACCGCCGGGAGGAACCGAUAUCUCCUCCACUUCAACUCGCACCACUCGCUAAUCCAGUGGACUGCCGGCAUCAGAUUGUCCAUGUUCGAGCACUCGACGUUGCAGGAAGCCUACACCGGUGCGCUGAUCGCCGGCAAGGGCAAGACCCUCAACAAUAUUAACCUGAUCAUGGAUCGGACAAAGUUCAAGGUCGAGGAGUGGGUUCGUGUUCGUUUUGGAGCCGGUGUGCCCUGGAGGCGCUGUUGGUGCGUAAUAUCUCCUCCCGACGAGAAGGAGUACCAGAAGCUGCAGAAGGAGAUGAAGAAGCGCUCGCCAUAUGACCGCUCGCACGCGCCCUUACUGAAGGGCGACAUAAAGUUCUACGAUUCCAAGAAGGAGGCAGAGAGGAAGAAAAAGGCCCGCCCCAUUGCAACCAUCUCCGAUGCGUACUCGGCGUAUGCCAUCUACCCGCAAUCUAGAGCCCUGAUAGAUGGCUCUACCCUGCUCAAGGUUGAGGGGAAUAUCACCAUCCACACGGACCCGCCAUCCGCAACCGAGGGCUUCGUUUUUAUCAUGCCCGAGGUCCGUCCCGCCAUCUCAGGCUUCGAGAUGCUCCUACGCUUCCUCUUCCCGACCUGGGACACUUUCUGCUUGUAUGGUCGUCCGGGCAGGCUAGUUGCAAGCGUCCUCGACACCCGAUCGUUGAUGUUCGCCAUGCCCAAGCACAAGCGGUAUGGGUACAUGGAGAUACUAGACGUGACGGGCCUGAUCCUGGCGGACGGAAGUCCGGCAUGGUCAGAAAAUGAAUGGAGAAAGCAGUUGAAGGAGUUGACCUCGCAGCGCAUGACCGCGGUGGAAGAUGGCACGAAGACGCACGGGAGGAGUGGGAGCCGCAACAGCAAGCGGCUGAGCUUCGGCCAGCAAGCCUCCGGCCCACCCAGACCGCGCGUCAACUUUGCCGAUGAUAACGCCUCAAUUAGGUCCUCCCCGUCCAUGUCGUCGGUACAGCCAGGCGCGACGAGCCAUUCGGCACCUCCGGACCAUGACCGGGAGCGUGCACCGCCCGCAAUGGGAGGAAACGCCCGGCACUCACGGAACAUCUCAGACCCGCAGAUGGCUAACGUGCCGCCUGACUACGGAGCAGGACAUCCACAAGGAUUGGUGCCUUCCGUGCGCGGUGCCGACCGUGCAAGAACCUUUGCGAGCGAAUUGGCUGCUACCCCUGAACGUGUGAGCUCCGAAGAUGAAACCCCCCCGAGGAACACGCCCCCGGGGGAUAUCGAUGCUUGGCAAAGAAUGCGCACGCCGGAGCCGGUGAAUGCCCCUCCCGCAUUUGCCCACGGUGCAGGUUCCAGGCCGACCCAGCAGCCGUACCACUCGCCCGAGUUACGCAGGGCAAACAGUCGCUUGUCAAGCACAACGCUGUCACAGCUGGCAACAGCAGGCGGCCUCACCGCAGAGCACUUUCCAGAUGACCCGCUGCGCCGACAUCCUCGUCAACAGAGCGCAGAGCCGGUCUCUGGACAAGCAGACCCCAGGGGUCCAUCGGUACAGCCACAAGCCAACGCCAACCCCCUAGGGACCAGUGCUAAUUACAAUGGAUCUCCUGAAGCUUUAACGUCCCCCGGCCAUGCCCAUCCGCCUUUCUCCUCGCCCGGGCUCGCGGCACCUCACAUGGCUCUUGCUCAGAACCGAUCCAGGUCACCUCUAGCCGGGCCUCGACAAGGAGCCCCUCCUGGAACCCCUCCGCCCAAUUCCGGUCCUCCUCCGAAUUCCCGCGGCCCACCGCCGAUGCGCCAACCCCCGAUGGAUCCCCCACCGAACGUAAUGGGUCCUCCACCUAAUGCACGGGGCCCACCCCCUAUGAUGAACCCUCAAGGACCGCCGCCGGGAUCUCCUCGGGAGCCCGGAGGUAGCCCCGCCCUUUUAUCUAACCCUCAGUUUAGCCAUGGCUACCAGGCGGCGGCGCCGCCACCUGGCCAACGCCGUACCCCGCCACCGAAUCCGGCAAUGCAACAACCGCCUCAUAUCCAGACAUCCCCCCCAGUUCACAGAAAACCCCUGCCGCAGAGGACGGCGAGCCUCCAGCGGAGUGAUAAUUCGGCACCCCCUUCGCCCACUAGUACUGGGAGCUUUAGCAGCCGCGUCUUGGACGAAGACGCCCUCGCCCUAAUACGCGCCGCAAACGCGGACGACCUGAACCGCCCAUUUGCCGAUCACAGUCUCGUGCGCCACGAUACCGACAGGACCGGAGCAAGUAGUCGUUACGAUGACGCCUCCUCGACAGCGAGCCCGGACUAUGCCAGUACGCGGAAAUCGAGCGACACGCAAGAGUCGGUCGAGCGACCGCGUGCUGGCGUUCUUAGAACUGUCGGUGAGCCCUCGGAAGCGGAGCCGCCCGUACCGAAGGCCGCUUACGAUAUCCCGGAAAUCAACUUCGGCCCAACGCCCGUCAUCGGCUAUCGUGGCUCGCAAGGUGCGGGCAAUAAAACGCCGACACCCCUCCCUGCUCAGUCACCUCCUCGGUCGUCGUCACCUGCUCCUGGUCGGAAGUCGCCAGGCCCUGCAGCUGGGUACGCCCACUUCCGUCAAGACUCGGAUGACACGAUCCGCCGAAGUGUGGCAUGGCAACCCGGCGGCGUUAGGGUCGGAUCGCCGUCUGGCGAACGAGGCAUCAGCCCCGAGCAGUUUGUCCAGCAACGAGCCGCGGCUGCCACCACGCCUCUUUACGGCCACCAGCGACAGCCCUCGGCGAAUACUCUUGCAGGUCUUCGGACCGGGACACCGACACCACCUCUGAGACGGCAGGGCAGCCAAGAACUCCUGACAGCGAUGGCCAACAGCAGACCUGGCUCCGCAGCGGCUCAUUCACGCAGCCCCUCGGCCGACCUUCUCCAGCGCCCUGGAAGCCGGGGUUCGGCCGAUCUCCUCCAGCGUCCUGGCAGCCGGGGCUCGGCAGCGAUGCUCUCGGGAGGCGAGCUAUCCAGCCAUCUCUCGGCUCGCGAGCAGGAACAUGUGGCGCGGGUGACUGGGAAUCCGCUCAUCGACGUUGCAGGUAACCGAAACGCGCCGCAGGCGCAGGCCGGCCUGGUCGGCGCGAUCCAAGCGCGGGAGCGGGAGAGGGCGCAGAUGAAGCAGGGGCUUGGCGGUCAGGCUGUCGCGCAAGCGAUCGACCAGCGCCAGAGGGAACAACAAUCCCAGGCUCAACGAGCGGCGCAGGCUGCAUACGCACAGCAUCAGGCACAGCAGCAAGCACAACAGCAAGCACAGCAGCAUGCACAGCAGCAAGCACAAUUUGCCGCACAGCAGCAGUAUCAGCAGCAGCGGAACCCGGGAAUGGCCCCAGGCAUGGGUAUGGGUCCAGGACCGUCACCCCCGACAUAUGAUGCUGCCAUGGGCGGAAUGAGCAUGGGCAACCUUCCCGGACCCGUAUUUAUGAACCCAGGCAUGGGACCGCCACGGACCAACUCACUUGGUCCGGCGGGUGGCCAGAUGCCGCAGCAACAGCGACAGCAGAUGAUGCCGCAGCAGGGGCCCUACAACGGCGGACCGCCGCCCAAUUUGGCGCCGCCAGGUCUGCAGGGCUAUGCUCAAGGGGCGGGGUGGCCAGCGCCUAACAUGCAUCGUCGGCCGGUACCACCGCAGCAACCAAUGCAUGGCCAGGCGCCAGGCAUGCCGGGGCCAGGCAUGGGCAUGGAUAUGCGGGGAGGUCGGCCGCAGAGCCCUGGGUUCCCUGGGUUCCAGCUGCCGCCUCAAGGUCAAUAUCCUCCCCAAUAUCCUCCGUCCGGUAGCCCCGGCAGCCCCGGCAGCCCAAGGCCUGGGACUCCCGGCCGAAUGCAAUUCCAGGGUCAAGCUUUCUAG